AUGACGAACCAGACCUUCAUCCUGGUCACUGGUGCAAACAGUGGCCUCGGUUUUUCUAUCUGCUGUCGCGCAGUGGACGAGUUCCUGAGCUCUACCACUCACGGGUCGUUGACCGUCAUCUUCACAACCCGGAGCACCAAGAAGGGAAAUGACACUCUCCGCCUUCUGCAAGACUACCUGCGCACCUCGGCCAAUGCCUCCGCCGCGGCCCGAGUGACUUUCAUCCCCGAGAAUGUCGACCUGUCCAACCUCGUCUCUGUGCGAGCUCUCUCCCGCCGACUGACUCAGACCUUCCCCAAGCUCGAUGCCAUCCUGCUGAACGCCGGCAUAGGUGGCUGGACGGGCCUUGACUGGCCGCGAGCCGUCUGGGGGAUCUGCACCGACCUGGUCCACGCCGCCACCUGGCCGGCAUACAAACUUGCGUCGGCCGGCGUCGUGACCGAUCCUCAGACCCCGCGCGCCGACCAAGAGCCUCGCUUGGGCAAUGUAUUCUGCGCCAACGUCUUCGGUCACUACAUGCUCGCCCACAACGUCAUGCCUCUGCUGCGACGCCCCGGUCACUCCGGUCGCAUCAUCUGGGUCUCGAGUAUCGAAGCCACAGUGAAGUUGUUCAACCCGGAGGACCUCCAAGGCCUCCGCACCACUACUCCCUACGAAUCCUCCAAGGCCCUGACCGACAUCCUCGCCCUCACGUCCGACCUCCCCAGCGUCGCGCCCUGGGUCCGCAGCUUCCACUCGAUCGACGACGCCAACAAGAAGAACUCCCCCGAAUCCGCCUCCGAUGCUCCCCCGCCAACCACCUACGUCUCCCACCCUGGCAUCUGCGGCACCGCCAUCGUCCCUCUCGCGCUCCCGCUCUUCUACCUCAUGCUCGCCGCCUUCUGGCUCGCCCGUCUCCUCGGCUCUCCCUGGCAUACUCUGUCUACGUACAUGGGCGCUUGCUCUCCCGUCUGGCUAGCCCUGGCGCCGCAAUCGGCCCUCGACGACGUGGAAUCGGCAUACCGACAGCACGGCGGCGGACGCGUGAAAUGGGGCUCUUCCUGCGGCCUCUGGGGCGCCGCGUCCUCUGUCCCAACCGAGGUUGACGGAUGGGGGUACGGCGGCGUCGUGGGACGCGCCGUGGUCGAGGAGGAUCGCCAGCGUCGACGCAAGCGCGGCGCGACGGACCUCACCAAGGAACAAAAGGAGCGGUUCGAGGAGCUAGGACGGUCGUGCUGGCGGCAGAUGGAGGAGUUGCGGAUCCACUGGGACGGUAUCUUGGAUGAGGCCGAGAAGGUGGAUGAGUCCUAG